CAACCUCAACACCACGACCAUCCACGUCGACACCGGGCAACCACAUCGUCGGCAACAUACCCGGGCUCAAUAACUGAUUGAAACGAGCCAAUCAUGAGUCAUAGGAAGUUCGAAGCGCCUCGCCAUGGUUCGUUGGCAUUCUUGCCGCGAAAGCGCGCCUCGCGCCACCGAGGAAAGGUCAAGAGCUUUCCUAAGGAUGACCCGAAGAAGCCAGUCCACCUGACCGCUGCUAUGGGAUACAAGGCCGGCAUGACGACCAUUGUCCGCGACCUGGAUCGUCCGGGUGCCAAACUCCACAAGAAGGAAAUCGUCGAGGCCGUCACCGUCAUCGAGACUCCUCCGAUGAUUGCCAUUGGUCUGGUCGGCUACAUCGAGACUCCACGGGGCCUGCGUUCUCUCACCACUGUUUGGGCGGAGCACUUGAGCGACGAGGUCAAGCGCCGAUUCUACAAGAACUGGUACAAGAGCAAGAGGAAGGCUUUCACCAAGUACGCCAAGAAGCACUCCGAGAACAACGGCCAGUCCAUCACCCGCGAGCUCGAGCGCAUCAAGAAGUACUGCACCGUCGUCCGUGUCCUCGCCCACACUCAGAUCUCCAAGACUCCCCUCAAGCAGAAGAAGGCCCACUUGAUGGAGAUUCAGGUCAACGGUGGCAGCGUUGCCGACAAGGUCGCUUUCGCCCACGGUCUCUUCGAGAAGCCCAUCGAGAUCGACUCCGUGUUCGAGGAGAACGAGAUGAUCGACGUCAUUGCCGUCACCAAGGGCCACGGUUUCAACGGUGUCACUGCUCGUUGGGGCACCAAGAAGCUUCCCCGCAAGACACACAAGGGUCUCCGCAAGGUCGCUUGUAUCGGUGCCUGGCAUCCGUCCCACGUCCAGUGGACUGUUGCACGCGCUGGUCAGAUGGGUUACCACCACCGUACCUCGGUCAACCACAAGAUCUACCGCAUUGGCAAGGGCUCUGAUGAGGGUAACGCAUCUACCGAAUUCGACGUCUCCAAGAAGCAGAUCACUCCCAUGGGUGGUUUCGUCCGCUAUGGUGAGGUCAAGAACGACUUCGUUCUUCUCAAGGGUUCCUGCCCCGGUGUGAAGAAGCGAGUCAUGACGCUCCGCAAGUCGAUGUUCACGCAGUCGAGCAGGAGGGCGUUGGAGAAGGUUGAGCUCAAAUGGAUCGACACGUCCUCCAAGUUCGGCCACGGUGCCUUCCAGACUCCGGCCGAGAAGAGGCAGAUUGUCGGUGUUCUCAAGAAGGAUCUUGCUUCUUCCUCUUAGAGGGGCUGUGGCGGUUGGGGUGCAUUUUCUUCAUGGGCUAAUAGGCGAACGGCAUGGGUCUCCACCAGGCUGGUGAUGACGAGCGACCUUUAAGGAAAAAUUCAAAUGAUUCCCACUUCAAACCAAUGCAAACGCUAC